ACUGGAUCUAGGUUAUACGUUUGACGUUUGUGUUAUGUAUACAUAUUUACUAUAUUUACGCAUACGUAACAGAUGUGUAACAGGUAGGGGGCAGGGUUCAAAGUGCAAGUCCAUUGGUUUUUAGCAUGUUAUAUAUUUUGUGAUACCUACUCAGUUUCAUAUAGUCCAAAGUGUAAAUUUCGUUAUAAAAAGAUCUUCAUCGUGUAAAAAUAUAUUAUUCUUAUUAAUCUUACCCCAACCUUUGUCAAAUUGCUACAGGUUUAUUUUAAAAAUGUUGUGUAUAUCUAGAGUUUGUGUUCAAAGUCGAAUUGUACCUAAAAAUGCUAUUUUGGCAAGGAGUUUGCAUAUCACUACACCUAAAUUUAAGACUGUACAAAAUACAGAAAAGACAGCAACGACAAGAACUACGGAAGAUUAUUCUUUCGUUAUGAACGUAUUUAGGGGGCAAAUAGAAGCAAAACAGGUCUUUCCAUUUCCGAAUGUUCUCAAUGAAGAGCAAAGAGAAACUCUUCAAAUGUUAGUUGACCCAGUUCAAAAAUUUUUUGAGGAAAUAAAUGAUCCUGCCAAAAAUGAUGCAGAAGAAAAAGUUGAAGAAAAAUCUUUAAAUGCUUUGUGGGAAUUAGGUGCCUUUGCUCUGCAAGUUCCUCAGGAUUUAGGAGGGCUUGGAUUAACCAACACACAAUAUGCUAGACUAGUUGAAAUUGUAGGAGCACAUGAUUUAGGAGUUGGAAUUACAUUAGGUGCACAUCAAUCUAUUGGUUUUAAAGGUAUAUUAUUAUUUGGAACGCCUGAACAAAAGGAAAAGUAUUUGCCAAGAGUGUGCUCAAGGGAAUUCGCUGCUUUUUGCUUAACAGAGCCCUCAUCUGGGUCUGAUGCAGGUUCGAUUAAAACUCGUGCAGAUCUGUCUCCAGAUGGCAAGCACUAUAUACUUAACGGGUCAAAAAUAUGGAUCAGUAAUGGUGGACUUGCAGAAAUUAUGACAGUAUUUGCCCAAACUCCAGUUACGGACAAAAAAACUGGAAAAACUGUUGAUAAAGUUUCCGCUUUCAUCGUUGAAAGAUCAUUUGGAGGAAUAACGAAUGGACCUCCAGAGAAAAAGAUGGGUAUCAAAUGUUCUAAUACAGCGGAGGUAUAUUACGAUAAUGUAAAAGUACCAGUUGAAAACUUACUGGGAGAACUUGGUAGUGGAUUCAAAGUGGCGAUGAAUAUCUUAAAUAACGGAAGGUUUGGAAUGGCAGCUGCUUUAUCGGGCACAAUGAAGGCUUGCAUAAAGAAAGCCACGGAAUUUGCUACACAGAGGAAGCAGUUUGGUCAAAGAAUCGACAAUUUCGGAACAAUUCAGGAAAAAAUUGCUCGAAUGGCUAUGUUGCAAUAUGUCACAGAAUCAAUGGCUUAUAUGAUAUCUGGUAAUAUGGAUAGCGGUUCCCAACAUUAUCAUUUAGAAGCAGCUAUAUCUAAAUGUUUUGCCUCGGAAGCUGCUUGGUUCGUGUGUGACGAGGCGAUUCAAAUUAUGGGAGGCAUGGGAUACAUGAAGGAAACUGGAUUAGAGAGAGUCAUGAGAGAUCUGAGAAUAUUUAGGAUAUUCGAAGGGACCAAUGAUAUAUUAAGACUUUUUGUAGCAUUAACAGGUAUUCAAUAUGCUGGAGCACACCUAAAGGAACUUCAGAUGGCUUUUAAAAACCCAACGGCUCAUUUGGGAUUGAUUUUUGAAGAAGCGUCCAAGAGGGUUGUGAGGAAAGUCGGUUUGAGUUCGCCGCCUUCAAUGGAACAUCUAGUACAUAAAGAUCUGACCAAUGAAGCCAAUUUGCUGGCAAAGAGCAUUGACUCCUUUGGACAAGCCGUGGAAAUGGUUUUAAUAAAAUACGGUAAAAGUAUCGUGAAUGAACAGUUUAUCCUUAACAGACUAGCCAAUGCAACUUUCGACAUAUAUUCUAGCGCGGUCGUACUGUCUAGAGCUAGUCAAUCUCUCAUGGAAAACAGUAGUUCAGCCUCACACGAGAGAUUACUUGCUGAAACGUGGACUUCAGAAGCAACUGAUAGGGUGGCACUUAACUUAAAAGCUAUAUCGUCAGGGCGAUGUUUGGAUAAUUUCUCAAAAAUGAGUUCUAUAUCCAAAAAUAUAUCUGUAGCAGAGGGAAUUGUACAAGUAAAUCCAUUAAAAUUAUAAAAAAUAUUUAUACUAUAAUGUAAUUGUGUUUAUUUAUG